AUGUCUUGGCUUGUAAACGGCGGCGGGGGAGGAUGUGGCUGGGAGGAGGGAAAGGAGGAGGAGGAGGAGGAGGAGGAGGAGGAGGAGGAGGAGGAGGAGGAGGAGGAGGAGGAGGAGGAGGAGGAGGAGGAGGAGGAGGAGGAGGAGGAGGAGGAGGAGGAGGGAAGGGAGGAGGUGGAGGAGGAGGAGGAGGAGGAGGAGGAGGAGGAGGAGGAGGAGGAGGAGGAGGAGGAGGAGGAGGAGGAGGAGGAGGAGGAGGAGGAGGAGGAGGAAGGCGGAGCAGCAGCAGAUGGAAGUGAGAGAACCCCAGUAUCAGAACAAGGCAGCUGA